AAAACUCUAUUUUGAUUGUUUUCCACCAGCCGGAAAAUAACCAACGUACAGCGCGCUGACGUCACAGGCUGGGGUGGAGUUACCGCCUGACCUCAGGAAGCGCGCAGUUCGGUUGCACAGUGAUGUAAACAAAGAGAGCCGGACUCGCUGAAACAGCAGCGUGUGUCAUGUUUGCUAGUAACGUUCAUGGUUGCUAGGUUAGUGAACUUACCGCGUAGGACAAGGUGUCUGCAAGCCAGCAGGUUUUACGUUACUAACAGAACUGUGACGCCACGGACGGCGUCACUUUGAGCCAAAUGGAGGCUUCUCUGGGGUCGAUGCAGAGUCCUGAUCUGAGCUCUGUCCUGUCGUCAUGUGAGCCGGAGCUCCAGGAGCUGAUGCGACAGAUUGACAUCAUGAUCAACGACCAGAAGAGGAAGUGGGAGGCUGAGACCCGCGCCUUGGAGCUCAGGCUGAGGAGCAGAGAAGAAGAGCUUUUAACCUCACGGAGCACAAUUGAACGGAGGGACCUGGAGAUCGGAUUGCUCCGACAGCAGCUUGAAGAUGUCCAGACUGGUCGGCAAGAGUUAGCCACCAAGUACGAGCAGCAACUGCACAAAGUCCGGGAAGAGUUGGAUAAGUUAAAGAGAAGUUACCAUAAGCUUCAGCGCAAACAGCUCAAGGAGACCAACGGAGGAGCGAAAGAGACAGGCCUCCAGAAGGAAUAUCAGCAGCCCUCUCUGGAGUGGGAGCAGCAGCGCGUCCAGAGCCAGCAGCAGCUCACGGCCCUGGAGGCUGAGAAUAAGAACCUAAGAGAUGAGCUCUCACACAUGAAAUCCCAGUGGGCAUCGUACCAGGUGGAGAGGGAGCACAGGGAGUGCUGUUUGGAGGUGCAGCGCCUGCGCUCUCAGCUGGAAAAAGCUCAGAGAGGUCUGCACACACAGGAGCUUGAACUGGAGCAUCUCCGGCCACUUGAGCGGUGGCUGGGACAGCAAAGGAGAGAGCAGCAGCUGUUUUCUGAGGAACGGGACGAGCGCCACGCCACGCUGGACUCCCAGGAUGCAUUUGCACGGCGAGCCAGUCUGGAGUGCCAAAGACUUCGUAACGAAGCAGCCAGACUCAACCAAGUACUGCAAGCUAAAGAUCAAGUCAUUCGAUCUCUGGAAGACUGUCUGGCAGCUCAGGGCUGCGAUGGUGUGGAAGUCCUCAGACAAGAUCUGGAGAAGACUGCAGCCAAGCUCCAGGGUACCCAAGCAUGUGAGGUGCAUCUCAAGGCUGAGCUGGCAUGUCUCAAAGAGAGGCUGCAGAUGGUGAGUAAACAGAGAGAUGAGAACUUGAAGGCGGAGCAAGAACUGAGGAGGCUGCGAGCUGAAUGUGACUCUUCUGUCGCUCAAGUGAAAAAGCUCAGAGAGGAGCUUGAGAGGGCCAGGCAAACUCACAGAGGCGAAGUUGAAGGGAUGAGAAAGGAGGUGUCGAAGCUGACCGGCGAGCUGCACGAGCGCGACCUCACCAUCGCCGCUCUGCGCGGCUCCUCGUCCAGCAUCAAGCAGCAGCUUCAUGAUGAGGAGGAGCGAUCAGAGAAGAAGGCUGCUGAGCUCAAAGUGACUCAGGCGCAGCUGGAGACGGUACAAGCUGAGAGCCAGCACCUGAAACGUCUGCUGCAGAGUCUGCAGCCUCAGUCACCAAAGAGGGGCGACUCCCCGCUUGCUUCCCUGAGGGAGAGUUUCGUGUCCUCUCUGAGCAGCCUGGAGCAGGAGAAUCGGCAGUUAAGGCAGGCACUCGCUGAGAUGAAAACUCAACGUGAGGCCUCCAGUCAGGAUAAAUAUGAGCAAGCUGUGCUCAGCCAUGCUGCAACUGACCAACAGCAGCCUGCUUAUUACAGGUCGCGGGAGGACACGCAGGUCAGAAAAGCUCAGGCUCCAGAGAACGCUACUCGCUGUGAAGGAGACAUCCAGGUCCUCUUUAGAGAGCUUCAGACCUUGUCCAAGUCUUCCACAGAUCUCCCCCGCAGCCAGUCCCAAGGCAGCAGGCCUCCUUCAUCUGCCUCUUCAUCCUCCAGCAGCAGCACCCCAGCAAGUCUGUCCAGGAGGAACUCAGUGCCGGUCUUAAGCUCCAGCAGAUUUGCAGCUGAGGGACAAAACUCGAGCCCUCGAGACUCUCAGACCUCCAGACAUACAGGGAUUCCUUCUUCCUCUGCAGUGGAGCUUUUGUCAGCAUCACCGACAGAUGCCAUAGUCACUCGUUUCCUGGAUGAAGAGGGUCUACUGUCUGAGGAGCUGCUGCAGAGGCUGGACAGCCACAUCGUGGGGAUGAACAAUAAGAACACUGACAUGGUCUCCAAGUUUGCCCAGAUGUCGGUGCAGGAUGGUCAGUGAUGCAUUCACCUCGUGUUGUGGGUAGAUCAUCUCAGACCCUUCCUGUGGGGGGAGGUUUGGUCCAUUUUCAGCCUUAUGACCGCAUGUCUCUGCCCACCAGGGACCCUCCUGAACUUUUUUUAUUGACGCUGAAGGAGUUUGGGCUCUUUUUAACUCUCAGUGGUGCCUCAGAGUUUGUUUGAUUUGAAAUCAGAAUGAACAAGAGGGUUACUGUAUUUACUGACUGAAAGCUACAACCAAUAGGCAGCAUAUAAAAGAUGGGCGUAGCUUCCAGGUCCGAAAAGUGAAGCCUGAAAACAGAAGUGCCUUAAACCUUCAUUUCUUCUAACGGUCAGAUGUGGUUAUGUCCUUCUGUGGUUGCCUACAUAAGCCAAAUGUACAGGAAGGAUGACCACUGCCUCUAAAGUGCCAACAAAAUCUUUCCCCCGGGUCGGUCCAAACUGGUGUUUCGGUAUUAUAUUUUCUUGAUGGAUGCUGCAUAUUUCCGUUUGUGGUGUGGAAUGCAGCAUCAUUGUGACCUUUGUAUUUCCAUCUACACAAACUCGUGUUGCACCGAGCCACAGGAGGUCCAUCCUCCCCACACGUCUGCCACAGCCGAGAAAAUACCACAUCAUUUACCCUGUGUCCACGAGGGAGGGAGAGCUCCUCUUUCUCCCGUUCACUCACCUCACACACACACACACACACACACCCCGUCAUCACCACCCGUCCUGCAGAGGCCCUCCGGCUCGUCUAGCGCAGGAAUGCGUGGCCUGUGCCAGUGUUGUCAUGGACCACCUUCCCCUGCAGCGUGCUCGGUCCUCAUCAUUAGAAAGCUGGUGGAAUGUUAAUUUCUACCAUGUGCACCGAGGGGAGGGGGCGUGGGGACAUUUCACUGUUCUCCUGGUGAAGGACACACCGAUCGAAUGGAAAUAAAGUGGGAAACAAAUCCCAAGAAGUAUGUGUUUUUCAUUUUUGCCUUCAUAAUGUUACAAUAACAAAGAGAAGUGAUGUUCAGCUGAGCGCUCCGACUUCUCACUUUGGUAUUUGUGAGCCUGCUUUACGAGCUCUUAAAGCUCCAACAAACAACGCUCAGGAAUUUGGCGAGGCAGGCAUUCGUCUGGCUCGCCAUGGAGGGAGGUGAAAAGGUUUUUAUAUGUGCUGAGAUUCCUUGAAGGGGCCUAAGUAAAAGGGAGGGGAGGGAGAGCUUGGACUGAUUUACUUGUGUAAUAAUUCACAGGAAAAAAUGCUAGUUAACGAACUGAAGUCUCUUCACCCUCUCGGGGGAAAUCCUGGCAGUGGGCCGCAACGAGAUGACACCCACCAUCCAUCCCAGCCGUGGUUCCCACAUAGUGCGUGCUGUGAGGCAGGUCCCAGAGAAAUUCCUGCAACAGCAGCCUUCAGAGUGAGUGUGUCAUUUCACUAAAAUGGUGCCAACCAGCAACAAAGGAGACACUUGGGAACCAAACAUCCCUCCUGAGGGAAACCUUUGAUGGAAAAGAGCAGAAUUUGAUUGGGUCUGAUAAAAGGAUGCAUUCAAACUGUGAGUUAGUGCCAAGCAAAAAAACACAUGGAUGUCAGAAUCACAGCUCUUCACCUGCCUCAGGUGAAGACGAGGUUUAGAGUCCUGCGCUAAAUCUGACCCGACUCAGAAGCCGUGAGCAAAGAGAGCGAGACGCAGGAGGCGGCCAGUAAUUACUCGUUUGUUCAGCAAAAUCAUGAAAUAUGAAACGAUGACAGACUAACUAACCUGUCUCUGAUUGGUCUGCUGCUUCAUCAGGUGCCUCGAAGGAAGCACAGCGACCUGUGACGAACAAAGAAAGGCAUUACAGUAAUUAGUAAUAAAGUCAAAUUCACUGCAAAGCCCUCCACAGGUUUCAUUUUAAAAUCAUUUUUCCUACUUCAAUGAAAAGCUGUGAGACACACUUUUCUUCCUUCGACAUUCAGGAUGCAGAGGGGCUGCUGCUCAGAGGAGUGUGGUUGAAGUUGUGCCUUUGGUUUCAAAUGGGAAGAAAUGUGGUUUAAUUUAACCUUCAAGCAACCAGGCUGUUAUUCUUUUCCUCAUACAGUUUCCUCUGAUAUUCUCAUGUCAUCAUGGUUUUCAAUCAUACUGAACAAAAUUAGUUAUUUAGACAGUCCUGGUUAGUUACUCACAAAUUCAGUUUACUAGAAAAAAUUAUUUUUCAAACUUAAGACACGUUUGACUGAAUUCAGCAUCUUAGAUGUAUGUUUUGGAGGGCCUUUAUUAUGACAGGGUGGUGCAGAGGAGACCAGGAGGGAGUGAACGGCCUCAGCCCACUGAGCUAAAGCAGCCCCCACCUUUCUGCUGCUGUCAUUUUAAUCUCAAAUACAGACGAACUGGUGAUGCCACGAGAAAUGAUGGUGACGUCAUUGUGGUGGUUUCUCAUCCUUUGUUACUUCUGUGCUUCUGUUUCACACUAAAUCUGAAGAAACAUCCUGUUUGGUGAUGUGGAAUAUUAAAUUACAUUAUUAUACAGUACAUUUCA